AUGGGGAACCAGGACGCGAAGCUGCGGCGCGGCGCGGGGGACGAGGAUGGCGGCGCGGAGCCGGCGGCGGCGGCGGGGCCCCGGGGCGCGGACGCCGCCCGGAAGGGGGGCAGCGGCGGCGGCGGGAGCAAGAAGGCCUCGAACCGGCACCGGGGCGGCGGCGAGCCCGGCAGGAGGAAGGGCAAGGCGGACUCGCGGGGCUCCGUGUUCUCCAACCUCCGGAUCCGCAGGACCGCGGCCAAGGCCAAGGGCGCGGGCGGCCCCCGCGAGGACGAGGCGGGCGCGCAGGCCCCGCCGCCGGGCGCCGGGCUGGACAGCGCCCCGGGCCGCGCCGCGCCGACGCCCGAGCGCAGCCUCUCGGCGGAGGACACGGGGCUGUCGGACGCCGAGGGCGCGGACCCGUUCGAGCUGACCCGGGCCGGGGCCGCCGGAGCCGGGCGCCGGGACGAUGGGGCCGCGGCGGCCGCGGAGGAUGGGGCCGCGGCGGCGGCCGCCGGGGCGCAGGACGGACAAAGGACCAGCUCGGGCUCGGACACGGACCUCUACAGCUUCCACUCGGCCGCGGCGGAUCAGGAGGACCUGCUCUCCGACAUCCAGCAGGCCCUCCGCCUGCAGCAGCCGCAGCUCCAGCUCCCGGGCGCGCCGGGCUCCGAGGGCCUCCCUCCCGCCGCCGCCGCCUCCAUCUCCCCGGAGGAGCCCGGCGCCUUCCUGGGCCUGGACCGCUUCCUGCGGGGCCCGGGCGGGGGCGCUGGCGGGGGCUCCGGCGGCCCGGAGGCGCCCCUGGACCUGCCCCCCGCGCCCCUGGGGUCCCCGGAACCCCCCCAGCCUCCGCUGGGGGCUCCGGCCUCGGCCUCUCCGGUGCCCCCCACCGCCUUCCCGGUCCCCGAGGCCGCGGGGGACACGGAUGAGGACGCCGAGGUGGUGGAGGAGGAGGUGGAGGAGGAGGAGGAGGAUGCUUUUGAGGACGCUUCCCGGGGCUCCCCGGGCGAGGAGGGGGGCCCGGCGGCGGCCGGAGAGGCCCCGCGGGGCCCGGGAGGCGCGCAGCUCCGGGAGGAGCAAGCGGAGAAGGAGGAGGAGGCGGAGGAGGAGGAGGAGGCGGAGGAGGGGGUCCCAGGACCCGGCCCCCCACCCCGCAGCUCCCCGCCCGGCAGCCCCGCGCCCCGCAAGCCCUUCCCGCCCGUCGCGCCGUCCCCCUACGUCCGCACCACCACGCGGCAGCUCAGCUCGCCCGGCCCCUCGCCGUCCGGGUCCCCCGCCCAGAGCCCCCGCAUCCAGAGGCGACGGGAGGCCCCCGGGAGCCACCGCGGGGCCCGGGCCGCCCCGGCCAGGACGCACGGAGACUGGACGGAGGAGCCGGACGGCCCCGCGCACCGGCCGGAGCGCGCGGAGGCGGCGGAUGGAGAGGCGCCUCCCCCGCGGGCGGCCCCGGGGAACGGGGUGUCCGGGGCGCAGGCGGCCGCCGACGGCUUCCAGGACGUGUUCACGGGGCGGACGCUGCUGGAGAAGCUGUUCAGCCAGCAGGACAACGGGCCCCCUGAGGAGGCAGAGAAGUUCUGCUCCCGCAUCAUCGCCAUGGGCCUCCUCCUGCCCUUCAGCGACUGUUUCCGGGAGCCGUGCCACCAGAGCGCCCCGUCCAGCUCAGCUCCGUUUGAUCAAGACCAGCUUUACACCUGGGCCGCCGUUAGCCAGCCCACACACUCCCUGGACUACACGGAAGGGCGGUUUCCCAGGAGAGCCCCGUCUGCGUGGUCGCCCCCCUCUGCCCCCGAAGAGGAGCCCAGGCCCCGGGACGCCGAGCCAGAAUCUCAGCCUGCUGCUUUGGAAACUCUGAAAAAUUGCUCAGAUGCUGUUCAGGAAGUGACAGACCUUGGGUCUGAGGGACAGGCCACUGUGAUUCAGCAGCUGGAGCAGACCAUUGAGGAUCUGAGGACCAAGAUCGCGGAGCUGGAGAAGCAGUACCCGGCUGUGGACGGGGAGGGCGCUGGCGGCCGCCUCGGGGUUUGGAAUGGAGAGGCCCCCUCGGAUGGUGCCUGCCUUGCAGCUCUCAGGCCAGGAGGAGACCACGGCUGGGGCCAGAGGAUCGUACAGGCCAAGUCCAUCCAGACGUCCCCGGUCGAGGAGGGCGGGACGCCCACCCUGCCUCCUGCCACGCCACUGCCAGACGGCCCCUCCCGGCCGCCGGGGUCCGCAGGGGGAGGCCCCGCAGGGCCGUCCUCACCUUCUGGACCUCAGACAAAGUUCUGCUCCGAGAUUUCUCUGAUGGUGUCUCCGAGGCAGAUAGUGCAGCUGGAGGGUCAAGGCCCGGCGAGGCCACAGUCCUCCCAGCCUUCUCUUCAGCCUGCGUUGGACACCAGCCAUGAACAGUCUGUUUGGUCGCCCCCUGGACACGGCCCCGGCAUCCCGCCCCCACCGCCUCUGCCUUGCUCAGUGUCUUCUGGCCCCAUGUCUGGGGUGGGCACGGCGGCACCCUCCCCUCCACCACCCGGUGCGCCUCCUUCUAUGCCCAGGACGCCGAUGCUGCCACCCCCGCCCCCGCCUUUGCCUGGUGAAGAAAUACCUCCUCCCCCUCCUCUGCCCGGGGUGGGGAUACCCCCUCCCCCACCUCUUCCUGGGGUGGGGAUACCCCCUCCCCCACCUCUCCCUGGGAUGGGAAUACCCCCUCCCCCGCCUCUCCCCGGGGUGGGGAUACCCCCUCCCCCACCUCUCCCUGGGGCGGGAAUACCUCCUCCCCCACCUCUCCCUGGGAUGGGAAUACCCCCUCCCCCGCCUCUCCCCGGGGUGGGGAUACCCCCUCCCCCACCUCUCCCUGGGGCGGGAAUACCUCCUCCCCCACCUCUUCCUGGGGUGGGGAUACCCCCUCCCCCACCUCUUCCUGGGGCGGGAAUACCCCCUCCCCCGCCUCUCCCUGGGGUGGGGAUACCCCCUCCCCCGCCUCUGCCUGGACCGGGGGUUCCCCCCCCACCUCCUCUGCCAGGCGUGGGUAUUCCACCUGCUCCAGCUCCCCCUCCCAGCCCUGGAACUGGCAUCCCCACAGCCCCACCACUGCCACCUGCUCUGCCCCCUGGCCCUGGCCCUCCACUCCCCCCACAAGCCGGGGGUAGCACUUUGCCAACGCCCCACGCGUGCGGGUUUCUCCCCCCGCCGCUGCCAACCGGCUGGUUUGGGCUGGGGAUGAGCCAGGACAAAGGGAGCAGGAAGCAGCCCAUAGAGCCUUGCCGGCCCAUGAAGCCUCUGUACUGGACGAGGAUUCAGCUGCACACGAAAAGAGACUCCGGUGCCGCGCUCAUCUGGGAAAAAAUUGAAGAGCCGUCCAUUGACUGCCAGGAGUUCGAGGAGCUGUUCUCCAAAACCGCCGUCAAGGAGCGGAAGAAGCCGAUUUCUGACACCAUCACGAAGGCCAAGGCCAAGCAAGUUGUCAAGCUAUUAAGCAACAAAAGGUCGCAAGCGGUUGGGAUAUUAAUGUCUAGCCUUCACUUGGAUAUGAAAGACAUACAACAUGCUGUUGUGAACUUGGACAACUCUGUGGUUGACCUGGAGACCCUUCAAGCCCUUUAUGAGAAUAGAGCACAGUCAGAUGAGCUGGAGAAGAUUGAAAAGCAUGGCCGGUCCACCAAAGACAAGGAAAGUGCCAAGUCCCUAGACAAGCCUGAACAGUUCCUGUAUGAGCUGUCCCUCAUCCCCAACUUCUCUGAGCGAGUCUUCUGCAUCCUCUUCCAGUCCACGUUUUCGGAAAGCAUUGGCUCGAUCCGCCGUAAACUGGAGUUGCUGCAGAAGUUGUGUGAGACGUUGAAAAAUGGGCCCGGCGUCAUGCAGGUGCUGGGCCUGGUCCUGGCCUUUGGCAACUACAUGAACGGCGGGAACAAAACCCGAGGGCAGGCCGAUGGGUUUGGAUUAGACAUUCUUCCGAAGCUGAAGGACGUGAAAAGCAGUGACAAUAGCAGAAGCCUUUUGUCUUAUAUUGUGUCCUAUUAUCUUCGGAAUUUUGAUGAGGAUGCUGGGAAGGAGCAGUGCGUUUUCCCGUUACCGGAACCUCAGGACCUGUUUCAGGCCUCGCAGAUGAAGUUUGAGGAUUUCCAGAAAGAUCUCAGGAAACUAAAGAAAGACCUGAAAGCCUGUGAGGUGGAGGCGGGGAAGGUGUACCAGGUGUCCUCCGAGGAGCACAUCCAGCCCUUCAAGGAGAACAUGGAGCAGUUCAUCGUCCAAGCUAAAAUUGACCAAGAGGCAGAAGAGAAUUCACUAACUGAGACUCAUAAGAGGUUCUUAGAGACCACGGCCUAUUUCUUCAUGAAACCGAAGCUUGGAGAGAAGGAGGUGUCACCGAAUGUGUUCUUCAGCAUCUGGCAUGAGUUCAGCUCGGACUUUAAAGACUUUUGGAAGAAGGAGAACAAACUGAUUCUACAAGAGAGAGUAAAAGAAGCGGAAGAGGUGUGUAGGCAGAAGAAGGGAAAGUCACUUUAUAAAAUAAAGCCGAGACACGAUUCUGGGAUUAAAGCAAAAAUCAGCAUGAAAACCUGA